CAAGGGGUCAGGAUCAAUCCGGUGUGAGUUGAUGAGGCAGGAAGGUGGAGAGGAAUGUCAGGAAUGUCGCUGUUUGUGUAGGACUCCAUUCAGCCGAUUGGCGAGUCCUGGGCGCCUGGAGUGUAUAAAAGCAGCCGGGCUGCCUGCUUGAGACUCAUACCGACAAUCGCUCUGCUUUCAAGACAGAGAGAGAGAAAGUGAGAGAAAGUGAGUGAGACUCUUGAGAAAGGAAAGCACUUUUCAAGAAGCUGCGAAACGAAGCCGAUCGGACAGCAUUGACCCUCGCUACCCAGCGAGAUUUUUAAAAAGCGACAGCAACCCACCCGGACCCGGAGAUCCUCUCGAUCCAGAAGCUCCGCACAGCUUUUUGCAAGUGUCGUCCGCUCUGAACGGCAGUAGCCCGAGCAUGCUCGCCAGCAUGGGACUCAGCAGCCUCGCCUUGGUGCUCCUCGUCGCCCUCUCUAGCCCGGCGGUUUCCGGCCAGGACUGCAGCGGGCAGUGCCAGUGCUCCUCGGCGCCUCCGCAGUGCCCGCCUGGCGUCAGCCUGGUGCCCGACGGCUGCGGAUGCUGCCGGGUGUGCGCCAAGCAGCUGGGCGAGCUCUGCACCGAGCGGGACCCCUGCGAUCCUCACAAGGGCCUCUUCUGCGACUUCGGCUCCCCGGCCAACCGCAAGAUCGGCGUGUGCACCGCAAAGGAUGGUGCCCCGUGUGUAUUCGGAGGCAUGGUGUACCGGAGCGGAGAGUCUUUCCAGAGCAGCUGCAAGUACCAGUGCACUUGCCUGGAUGGGGCCGUGGGCUGUGUGCCUCUCUGUAGCAUGGAUGUCCGGCUGCCCAGUCCCGACUGCCCUUACCCACGAAGAGUGAAGCUCCCAGGGAAAUGCUGCGAGGAGUGGGUGUGUGAUGAGCCCAAGGACAAAGAACAGACCGCAGUCGGACCUGCUCUUGCUGCUUACCGACUGGAAGAUACCUAUGGACCUGAUCCAUCCAUGAUGCGUGCCAACUGCCUGGUCCAGACCACUGAAUGGAGUGCCUGCUCAAAGACGUGUGGAAUGGGCAUCUCCACCAGAGUCACCAAUGACAAUGCCCACUGCAGACUGGAGAAGCAAAGCCGACUUUGCAUGGUGAGACCAUGUGAAGCAGACCUGGAGGAGAGCAUCAAGAAGGGCAAAAAGUGCAUUCGUACUCCCAAGAUCUCCAAGCCUAUUAGAUUUGAGUUGUCUGGCUGCACCAGCAUGAAGAUGUAUCGAGCCAAGUUCUGUGGUGUCUGCACUGAUGGGCGUUGCUGCACCCCACACAGAACAGCCACACUCCCUGUGGAAUUCAAGUGCCCUGACGGCGAGGUGAUGAAGAAGAGGAUGAUGUUCAUCAAGACCUGUGCAUGCCAUUACAACUGCCCUGGAGACAAUGACAUCUUUGAGUCAGUGAACUACAGGAAGAUGUAUGGAGACAUGGCAUAAAGCCCAAAGAGAGACUUUGAAACUUGACCAUCAACUUGAACUGAUCAUUGCAUCUCAUUUUGUAAAACAUGAUUCAAUAGCACAAGGUAUUUAAAUGUCUGUUUCUAAAAACAAAUGAACGACAAACUCUUCCAUGUGAUGUAAGACAAAAUUGUCUCCUGACCCCAAACAUUGGUUUGAAGGAAAAAUAAAUAAUAGGAAAGACAGUGAGGAACAACUGCCAAGUUGUGCCUCAGAACAGAGUAUAGGGGUGGUGAUAUAUAGGGAUUAUUUAAGGGGACACAUGCAGUCUUGAGUAACAUUUUCAUGGUGUGGUAGCAUGUGUCCCACUUAAUAGUGCAAUCAAAAAGGACCCUUAGCAAAGUUACUGCCACUGGUUUUCGUGACAGUAACAGCUGGACUGGAAAUUCUCACCCAGCAAGGUGCUAAGUCAUUGUGUUCUCUAAGAAUGGCAAUAUUUCUGCUUUGAAGUUCUGAUUCAGAUGGUUUGUUCAAACUGAAUCAGGAUUAGACUGGACAGCUUGUGGCAAUUAAUUUGCCUGUCACAAGCUAGAUUUUUUUUAAUAUUGUAUUACAAUACUGUAAUAUUGUAAAUACUGUAUGUGUGUCUCUCUCUCUGUGUGUGUAUAUAUAUAUUGUACAGCUAUCUAAGUUAAUUUAAAGUUUUGUUGCCUCUUUUUGUUAAUGCUUUGCUAAAUCAGUGUUAGCAUCUUUUUUAAAAAAAAUCAUUCAAGGCUUGUCGGAUCCAAUGCAUUCAUUCAACGCAUGAAAUAGAUUCUCUAAUGGCAGUUCUGUUCAGUUAGUUAGAGAGGGGAGGUGAACUGACUUGAUGUUUUGCUGAAGGAGAUGCACCAAUAGCCUUUCAAAGCAUUUCAUCCAAUAAAGGGCAAGGAGGAGGGAAAUACAGUUCUCUCUGCCUUCAUAGACAAGGCCUGAAGUGAAAUGAGUGGCUCAUUUGCAACUGACCAAUCUUUCCACCUGGGGACAGUUUGUUACCUGUCGAGAAGUGUGACCAAAAGUUACCUAUUUGCACCUUUCUAGUUGAAAAAUAAAGUAUUUUAUUUUUUAUAUAAA